CAUAUGGUAAGAAAAGUGAUGGAAAGAACUUAAAAUAAGUACAGGGCAUUGCACAAUCGUGCUGCUGUUCCAGUAAACACCUAGCUCCCUGUGUCCAGCUCACCCUGUGCUGAAUGAGACAGGGGACACAAACACUACUGUUCACUGCAUUUCUUGGGGAGUGCCGAAGGAACUGAGAGAUCUGGAGCUACUUGCGACGUUCCUGCGGCUCUCUUUCAAUCUGAUGUUUGUUUGUGACUAUGGAGUUAAACAGAUGCUCCGUUAUCCUCUACCUUCUGGUACUAUGGAAAGGCCUCAGUGACUCAUUCAACAUUAAUGUCAAAGAAGUCAGAACCUUCAGAGGACCAAAGAAGGGUCAGUUUGGGUAUAAAGUUCAGCAACAGGAAGCGGAGGGUCAGAAAUGGUUGCUGGUCAGUGCCCCUUGGGAUGGCAAUGCGAAGAACAAGGAAGGUGACAUUUAUCGAUGCAACGUGGCCAGCCGAAAGAGCACAACCUGUAUGAAAUUAAACUCAGGGGAGGCAGCUCUGAAGAAUGUCUCCGACAAAAUGAAGGACACACUCUUCGGCAUGACAUUGGCACGCAACUCUCAGGGAUUCAUGGUCUGUGCUCCGCUCUGGUCCCAAAAGUGUGGAAGUUCCAUCUACAACACAGGAAUUUGUACCAACAUCAGUUCCAGCUUUCAGCCUUCAGGAAUCAUCGCACCCACUGUUCAAGACUGUGGCAUGUCCAUGGACAUUGUGAUUCUGUUGGAUGGGUCAAACAGCAUCUACCCCUGGCAUGAAGUUCAGAGAUUCCUCAGCAAUGUCCUGCACAAAUUCCACAUCGGGCCAAAGCAGAUACAGAUUGGCGUGCUGCAGUACGCAGAGACGGUCAUUCACGAGUUCCACCUUGGCCAGCACAAAACAGCGCGGAGGGUGAUCGAGGCCGCCAGAAACAUCAGCCGGCAGGGUGGCCGCGAGACCAAGACAGCGAUGGCGAUCCGAGUGGCCUGCUCCGAGGCCUUCAGUCCAGAGCGGGGUGGACGGAAGGGGGCUACCAAGGUGAUGGUCGUCGUGACGGACGGGGAGUCACAUGAUGGGCUGCAUCUCCGCAAUUCGCUGGCCGAGUGCGAGAAACGCAACAUCAGUCGCUACGCUAUCGCGGUCCUGGGCCACUACAUCCGGAGGCGCAAAGACACCGAGACCUUCAUAAGGGAGAUCAAAUUUAUUGCCAGUGACCCAGAUGAGAAACACUUCUUCAACGUAAGCGACGAGGCAGCCCUGAAUGAUAUCGUGGAUGCCUUAGGAGACCGAAUCUUCGGGUUAGAAGGAACAAUUCAGCACAAUGAAAGUUCGUUUGAGCUGGAAAUGUCACAGGCAGGAUUCUCAGCACACGUUCUGGAGAACGGGAUCCUGCUCGGGGCUGUUGGAGCGUAUGAUUGGAACGGAGCUGUGGUGAAGGAAAGUGCUGAUGGCCAUGUCAUCACAUCGCGGGAAGCCCUGAGCCGAGAGUUCCCCAAAGCCUUGAAGAACCAUGCUGCCUACCUUGGCUACACCGUGUCGUCCCUGAAACGGAAGAACGGCCAACGUGUGUACGUGGCGGGGGCACCCCGAUUCAAACACAAAGGCAAGGUUAUUCUCUUCAACAUGGACAGGAAGGGGAACCUGACUGUUCACCAGUCCCUGGUCGGAGAACAGAUUGGAUCGUACUUUGGAAGUGAGGUUUGCCCGGUGGAUGUGGACGGUGACACGGUGACAGAUGUGCUUUUGGUCGCAGCUCCCAUGUAUCUCGGAGACGGCCACAAGGAAACGGGAAAGGUCUAUGUUUAUAGAGUGCGGGAGCAUUCCCUGGUCUUCACCCAUACACUGCGCACUACUGCCAAAAAGCAAGACGCCCGCUUUGGGUACACACUCACUGCAGUUCCUGACCUAAAUUAUGAUGCCUUUAAUGAUGUGGUUGUCGGGGCCCCAUUGGAGGACAAUCAUCGUGGAGCAGUGUACGUCUAUCACGGACAUCGAUACACUAUCCUCCCAGCCCACAAACAGAGAAUUGCUGCCUCCGCUCUGGACCCAGGGCUGCGGUACUUUGGCCGCAGCGCGGACGGGCAGAUGGACGUGGAUGGAGACGGACUGAUCGACGUGGCAGUGGGAGCUCUCGGCAGAGCCAUGCUUUUCGGGGUACUCCGUGUGGUUUUGGUGAACGUGUCGGUUGAAUUCAGUCCAUCCUCCAUCAAUAUGCUGCAGCGGAACUGCCGAAUCAACGGCAAAGAUGUCACCUGUGUGACUGCCAUGGUGUGUUUCACAGCUAGGGCCAAGUCGCCUGGACUGGCCAACAACACUCUUGGUUUGCUCUACAAUAUUGUGUUGGAUGAGAAGAAGUUUGCUCCCAGAGCCCUGUUUGAUGAGGGUGACCAGAGGCAGAUACAGAGAGAGAUCCAUAUGGUCAUCGACAGCCAUGAAUGUCAGAAGCUUCAGUUUUACGUCAUGGACACAGCUGACUAUAUUCGAUCCGUUGGAUUCACGUUGCAGUUCAGUCUGGCAGAGCAGCCCGCAGGACCAAUCCUGGAUGAUGGCUGUGAAACCACUGUUCGAAGUUGGAUCCCGUUCUUUAAAGACUGCGGGGAUGAUGACCUGUGUUUGACUGAUCUCGCACUUCAGGCGCAUCUGGAUAUUUCUGGAUCAAGGCAGAACCCGUACGUCGUCAGCAGCAGUCGGCAGAGAGUGUCAGUCGCCGUGCUGCUGGAGAACAGGAAGGAAAAUGCCUACAAUACCAGCCUAAACAUCACCUUUUCCAGAAACCUGCUCCUCACAAGUCUCCUUGUGAAGGACGAUGGACAGAAUAAGGUGGAAUGUCUGGUGAUUUCACCCCAUCACAGAAUCUGCAACGUCAGCUUCCCGGUCUUCCGAUCAUUGAUGCGGGUGUCCUUUCGCCUGGAGUUUGAAUUUCGGUGCCUGUACCUGUCAGAUGAGCUGGAGCUACACCUCAGUGUCACCAGUGACAGUGCCGAGAUGGACAAGACCCUCCACGACAACGCGGUGCGGGUCUGGGCUGCGGUUCGUCACGAGGCCGACCUCCUCCUCACUAGUGAGUCCAGCCUGCAGCGCUACGAGGUACAGUCAGCCCGGGAGCUGGCGGCGGAAGAAAUGCAGCCCGAGGUCACGCAGAGCUUCAAGGUCAGGAACCUUGGGUGUUUUGUGGCUGAGGAUCUCGAAGCGAAGAUCUCCAUCCCGACUGCGAUCAGCGCGCAGCACCGCUUUUUGACAGUGACCACUACUUUCACGGAGCCGGUCAGUGGGGUGAACUGCUCCAUGCAAAAUGCAACAGAGCCCCCGGGGUGGGGGCCGGCAGCUGGCCCACAGAUCUUCCCCAGAGAUCUCCGGUACCUACAGAGACUGGACUGCAGCAACACCCUCUGCACGACCCUCACCUGUCACCUAGGCGUCCUGGGCAGGAACCAAGGGCUAGCUCUUCACCUCGGCUACGCACUCUACGGACAGUUCUUCACCACGGCCAAGUUCAGAUCUCUAAAGAUUGUGACUACCUUCACCCUGGACGUGCGUGCUCCUGAGGUACUGACAGUUCCAGACACGGCACACCAUCGAGAGGUGGUGCUGGAACUGAUCAGGCCAGCAGUGGUCGGGGUCUCCUUGUGGAUCGUAAUCGGCAGCACACUCGGUGGUCUCCUCCUCCUGGCCCUCAUCAUCUUCAUCCUCUGGAAGUGUGGAUUCUUCAAGAGGAAACCAAAGGAGGAGGGAGGUGAUGAGUUGGAUGAGGGGAAGAAGUGAGGCGUUGAGCUGGCCUGGUCCAAGUGAACGCCAACCCUGGAGUAGCCACACACAGCCCCACCACUCUGCUCUUCCGUUAAGCUUUCUCCAACCUGCAAAUGCCUCUUGACAGGAGUGGUAAAACAGUUGGAACCAAGCCAGAGCUGGGGGGAGGGUGGAGGGGUGGAGAGGCAAGGAAACCGUUCUCUGGUGGUUGUGAGAUAUGUCAUGUGGCAGAACUUACUGCAUUGCUCUUCAUCCCGGCACCUAAUCCAGCUGAGGUGGUCUUGAUGUCCUGCUCCUGAACCUCCAUCCAUCCCUGCCUCUUUUUACCACUCCCUACUCACUAGCUUCUCCACAUCUCCACCACCCCCCCAACCCUCAUGCACCAACAGGCAGGGUUAAGUGUGUGUGAAGUCCCAGUGCAGGCUUCUCACAAUUCCUCCCCUCAGACAGACACUCCUCGCCCCACUGAGUUCCUCCAGCAAAUUAUGCGCUACUCCAGAUGCCAGUGUCUGCUGUCUCCCGUCGGAAAAGAUCUGCCUUUUUCCACACUACAAGUGAGGAACUUCUAGCCGCCUUUGCAGAGCCAAUGCCAACUGUCCUUUAGAUCCGGGGAUUUAAAGAGAUUAGCUUUAUGUGUCACAUGUACAUCGAAACAUACAGUGAAAUGUGUCAGCGAGCAACACAGUCCAAGGAUUGUUUCUGGUGCGAAUGUAACUCACUAACCGUCUAUACAUCUUUGGAAAGUGGAAAGAAACCUACACAGUCAUGGGAGAACAUACAAACUCCUUACAGACAGUGGUGGGAAUUGAACCCUGAUGUAAUAGUGUUACUUUGCUACCGUCCUGCCCAAUCCGUCUCUCUUCCCCCAGCCCCAGACUCUGUUAAUGAAGGAGCAGUGGGGUACAGAACUCAACCCCAGAUCAGGCCCAAAAUCGCAUCUUUGCAGCAGAAAUGUUGUCGCCUAUUUCUUCCUCCACAGACUUCUAAUCUGUGUUGCACUUUGCUUUGGCAUUGUUGAGAGAAAUCUUCCCAGCUACCUUCAUGGAGGUGACCAGGUACAGAGACACGUUCCAUUCCCAUCUCAGUAACACCUGGGGCAUAUAAAUUGGGGUUAAACUCUGGCCGUCAGUCAUCAAAAGUGAUUUUCCAUAACAAAAACUCGCCUGAUCCACCAGUGUCCCUCUGGGAAGGAAAUUUGCCCUUAAACCAGUGGAUUCAGGGCAAUGAUCAAUUCCCAAGAACCACGAAUGAAUGGCAAGGCAGACUUGAUGGGGCUAAUGGCCUAAUUCUGUUCCCAGCUCAAGUGUUGGGGGCUGUGUUGGUCUUCACAUGUUCAAGGGGGAAGCUGUAUAGGCCAGACUAACCCCAUCCCGCCAAAAAGCAGCACCAGACAUUAAGAGAUGUAGGUAAAGCAUCCCAGACCAGAAAUGUUAACUGCUUGUCUUCACAGAUGCUGCCCAACCUCCUGAGUGUUUACAACAUUUUCUGGUUUUGAAAAGAACUGUGUCUCUGACAGGCUACCAGCUGAGGCUGUGUGAGGGGUUUGGUUUAAGCAUGGAGAGGUGGAGGGCAGUAGCAGAGUUUACCCCUCCCCUGGUGCUGGUCUCUGUGGCUGAAGCACUCAGUGGAAGGAAUACAUGUA